UCUGAGCCAGAUACUGGAUUGCUGGGAUCCUCCAAGAUGACUUGCACUGAAGGCUGGUCAUCCUGCAAUGGAUUCUUCCUUCUGAUCUUAUCUUUAUUGGCUAUUGCAUUUAACCUGACCCCACUGAUUGCUGAUUAUGUGGAAGAUGGAAGACUCUUUGUUAGCCCUAUCUCGUGCUACGAAUGGUGGCUACCAGGUUUGGUUGGAGGAGGAUUGCUGGUCUUACCUGCUGUAUCAAUGACUCUGGCUGCAAGGAAGAAGGGAAGCUGUAAUUCCAGAGGAGGGAUGCUGGCGUCAGCUCUUCUGAGUGUGUUCAGUAUUAUCGGAGCAGUUUACUGCACUAUCAUCUCCCUCUUUGCGGUUGCCAAGGGACCACUGAUUUGUGAGACAGGGAGCAAUGAGCUGAGCAGCUGUGACUACACCCUAGCCAACCUCAGCUCUAACUCCUUCAAAGAGCUCCGGUUUGAUCUGGCCUGGCUCCUGAACACCACCUGCUUGCCAAGAGUAGAUCCUGCCAUUACAGCCGCACAAGGAAUUAUUCACGAGAGGGACCUUUCCAUAGAACUGAAUGAAGACACCCAGAAGAUCAUCCACAUCACUGUGUUUGUGGCAUUGGCCAUUAUUGGGCUAGUGGAGGCUUUGGUGGCCAUCAGCCAGGCUGUAGCUGGAUUGUUUGGCUUCAUCUGCGGAACAUCUAAAAGAAGACAAAGCCAGUAUGCCUAAGAAAUAAAGGACAAUGAAAUGUAAAAUCACCACGAGGACACCAAUUUGUUUGGAACCUCUUCAGUGAUGGCAAACUUUUUGCCCAGGACUGCCAAUCCUUUUCUUUAGAAAAAUGCACAGGCCCUGGGUACUGUUGUGCAGAGAAUUCCACAAUCCCUGGAGCCCCCUGAACUGUUUCAAGCUGGGCACAUGCACCAGGCCAGGGCAGCACAGGGGAUACCUGGGAACUCUGCACAACAGUACAACAAAGAGAAACCCAGGCCUGGCAAAUGAGGAUGGUGAUUAUUCAGUGGUGGGCUAACAAAUUGCAACACCCCAGUGAUUUGACUUUCAUUGUCCUUUAAAGAAGGGUUUGCCAUAAUCACAUACAAUGUAAAGCUGGGCAAACAGGGUAAAAUCUGAGCCAAAUAAGCUGAUUUACUCAAUUUGCUCCCACCAGCUUGGGAGACCAAAUCAGAAUGAUCCAUUUGUUUAGUGACAAAUAAUUGGAUCAUAAUGAGGACCACAUGUGUGUGCCAAUUUCCUCAUAAAUCCUCAUCUGGAUUUAGGAUUCUCUAUUUAUUUAUAAUAAUAUUCACUUUGAUCUCCUUAGAUGGUAAAGAGUUGUCUUAUUCUGUUAUAUAAAGACAUUUUCAUAUUGACACCAGAUCUGGGGUGAGAAUGUCUUCCCUUUUGACAGGCACAUCUUAAAUGCUAAUUAUUCCUAACCUACCGUAAUGAAUUAAAGAAUCUGUCAUUAUGAAUAAAAUGUGCAUUAGGCCAGACUACAGGUGGCAUUUGGGCAUCCUGAUAAAAGUUAUUUGGCACUGCUUGGUCAAUAUUGAGGCCAACUCAUGUACAGGUAACGGAUCUAUUAUCCAGAGUGCUUGGGACCUGGGGCUUUCUGGAUUAGGGGUCUUUACUUCAUUUGGAAUACCAUAAAAAAAAAAAUUUAAUCAAUUAAACUCAAUAGGCUGGUUAUGCUUCCAAUAAGGAUUAAUUAUAUCUUAGCUGGAAUCAAAUACAACGUACUGCUUUAUUAUUACAGAGAAAAACGUAUUUUAAAAUGUGAAUUAUUUAAUUAAAAUGGAGAGUCUAUGCGAGAUGGUCUUCCCAUAAUUUGGAGCUUCCUGGAUUAGGGGUUUCCAGAUAACGGAUCCCAUACUUGUAGUUGCUAAAGGAAAUGUAAUUAAUACUGACUUGUAAAUGGUGUAUUUGUUAUUUAAAUUUCUUUCCUAUCCUAAUGAGUUGAAUGGUAAUAAAUGUCAAUAGUACUGUUUGUUCUUGCUAGGCCUUUGCUUAUAAAUAAAGUUUAGAAAGAUU